AUGACGACUAGCGCGACAGAAAAAGCGCUUGAGGAUCGCGCCAAGUCGCUGCACAAGAAGGAGAAGAAGGCUUCUGCCAAGGCCGCAGCUGCCGCCGGGGCCUCCGCUUCAACAAGCCUCGAGGGGUCUCCUUCGCCAGCUUCCCCCGCAAAGAAGGACAAGAAAGACAAGAAGGAUAAGAAGGACAAGAAGCGUUCCGCAGAUGACGCUGACGCUGAUGACGACGAGAAGGCAGCCAAAAAGCGCAGAAAGGAGGAGAAGAAGGCUAAAAAGGCUGCGGCCAAGUCGGGUGCCGCUACUUCACUAGAAUCUACUCCUGCAGCUUCACCAGCUCCGGCAGCGUCUUCAUCCGCUUCAGCCGCAUCAUUCACACCAACCAACCCUGCCGCGGCUCGCGCCUUCGUCGAGUCGCACAACAUCACCAUCGAGGCGCCCGAAGAGUCUAACGAGCGUCCGCCGCUGCCUAUGGUUGACUUCCGCGAACUCGACGGCAAGGUCGAUGCAGCCGUUAAGAAGACUCUCGAUUCACAAGGCUUCUCUACUCCCACACCCAUUCAGGCUUGCUGCUGGCCAGUCCUAUUGCAGAACAAGGAUGUAGUGGGCAUCGCCGAGACGGGUUCGGGCAAGACGUUUGCUUUCGGUUUGCCAGCAUUGCAACACUUGGUUACGAAGCACAAAGUUCUGGACAGUGGAAAGAAGAAGGCCAAAGGUGCGCAGGUCAACGUUCUCGUUAUCGCUCCCACACGAGAGCUGGCCAUUCAGACAGAGGAGAAUAUGGCCAAACUGGGCAAGUCGAUGGGGAUUGGCAUGAUCUGCUUGUACGGUGGUGUUUCAAAGCAGGAGCAAGUUCGCCUGCUCAAUCAAUCCCCUCCGGUUCGCAUCGUGGUUGGCACUCCCGGUCGUGUCUUGGACAUGGCAAGAGACGGCUCGCUGGACCUGUCUGGCGUUACAUACUUGGUCUUGGACGAGGCUGACCGCAUGCUAGAUAAGGGUUUCGAGCCCGACAUUCGUGCCAUCAUCGGCAUGUGCAAAUCACGCGAGGAAGGCCGUCACACUUCCAUGUUCUCCGCCACAUGGCCACCUGCCGUCCGCGGUCUCGCCGAGUCGUUCAUGAACGGUCCUGUCCGCGUCACAGUGGGAUCUGACGAGCUUUCUGCCAACCGUCGCGUCGAGCAGACUGUCGAAGUUCUUGCUGAUGGCUACGCCAAAGAACGAAGACUUAACGAUUUCCUGCGUUCCGUCAAUGCUCAACGAUCCAAGGACAAGAUCCUCAUUUUCGCCCUGUACAAGAAGGAAGCGCAACGUAUCGAACAAACGCUGCGUCGUGGCGGAUUCAAGGUUUCUGGUAUCCACGGUGAUUUAGGACAGAACGAGCGUAUCGCCUCGCUCGAACGGUUCAAGUCGGCUGAAACGCCUCUUCUGGUCGCUACCGAUGUUGCUGCACGAGGCCUUGACAUUCCCAACGUGGAGCACGUCGUCAACUACACCUUCCCACUUACCAUUGAAGACUACGUUCACCGUAUCGGUCGAACUGGACGAGGUGGAAAGACUGGAAAGAGUCUCACUUUCUUCACCGAGAUGGACAAGGCACACGCUGGUGAGCUCAUCAGGGUGCUCAAAGAUGCCGAUCAAAAAGUGCCAGAUGCACUGACCAAGUUUCCUACCACCAUCAAGAAGAAGACACACUCGAGUUACGGUGACCACUUCAAGGAGCUUGUACCAGGCAAGGCCAAGAAGAUCACUUUUGACGACGAUUAG